AUGUCGACCUCCUCACACGUCCCGGGGAAUGCCGUGCCUGACACGCAACUAGGACUCAGCAAUGAAGAGAUACAACUACUACGACAUGGCCAGCAAACCGGGGGAGGAGGAGGAGGCGAAUCGACCUCGUCUCGCGCAGCGAGCCGCGCCUCAUCUCAAGGCCUGCUCGUUAUGGACCCUUCCUCUCUGGCCGCUCUAGGCCGGCACUUUGACCGGGUCAUGCAGCGCAUCCAGCAGCAGCUCGAGUAUCUGAUAGAGCAGUCCCAGCAGGUCAACCUGGAGGUGUACGACCGCGCCGGCAACCUGGUCGAUAAUGCCGACCGCGAGAUUGCGCGGUACCACAGCCUUAUGGCCCAGAUCGAUGAGCUCGAGCUGGAUUUUGAUCGUAUAUCCCAUAUUCGGGAAAUCGUGGCCGGGUUUCGUCAGCGCGCUGAGGAUAUAGAGCGCGAGUUGGAAAUAUCGGGGAGCGGCAGCAACAGUACAGCCAUACAUUGGAAAAUAUGAGGAUAUCCUCCAGGUCAUGAAACAGCUAGAAGGAACCAGGUCCCGCGACCAUCAGCAAAACAUGUCAUGGAAAUCAUUUGGGCGUUUUUGGGGGGUCAUCAGGGAGCAAGCAUAUUUAGCGAUAUUCGGUGUGCACGGUGUUCAAGCUCUCGCCAUUUAUGAGUACGACGUCGGGUCGGAGGAGAACAGUACCGCCAGCUAAAAGGUGCAAUACAAUCACGUUCAAUUAUUGAAGGAAGACGGCGCUCAGGGGGAAUGUGGUCACGAGAGUGAAGUCCUCAAGGGCAGACAUAGAGUUGGUAAAAAAUAAUUGGGGGAAUUUGUAACGUCA